CCUCUCCUGCGCGCGUCUGUCCAUCCAGCACAGCCAAUUCUACGUCAAUCAUGGCUUCGGCGUCGGCAUCGCAUGCUACGCGCCUAUGCGUGCUCGCCUGCCGGCAGUCUCCGAGACUGCAGUCGACUCUUCCACACCCGCGACUGCAGCAAUUGCAGCGAGGCUCCGUGCCCGCCGCGCGACGAGCGUUUACGGUCACAACUUCGAAAUGGGACGAUGCGAAACAGCCCCCAAAGGCAGAGGGUGAGGUCUCGGCGCAGAGGGCCACCGAGUCGACGGAGCAGAAGGUUCAGGAGGCUGCCGAAGCUGUGCGGUCGGCAGAUGCCAGCUCUGACCCUGCUACCUCGACCCCCUUUGCAACUGCAGCCCCCGAAUCUGGCAACAUUGAGCUUUUCGGAGAGCAGGUCAUGGACGCCACCGCCAAGGAGCACGGAUAUGCUACAUGGGACGCAUUCGUGGAGGGAGAGUCGGAGAAGGGCCCUGAGCUGCCUGUACGCCAGAGAGAGUUCGAGAAGGAGUUUAUGGCCGUCGUGGAGCCCAAGCCGGACCGGAGAGCAUUCUGGUUUGACCCGGAGGAUCCCGAGCCCGAUACGGAGGAGUUUGACGAGUUUGACGAGGACGACAUGACGGUCAUGGCACAUGCAAAGUUGCAGGAGGUGCAGGAGAUGAGGCACUACCAGCGCCUGGCGAUCUGGGAGCUGCCCCUGCUCUCGAAACUCGCCAAGCCCUUUGAGCCUCCGACGAGCAAGCAGCCCCUACGCUGGCGAUACACCACCUACAUGGGCGACAACCACCCGGCCGAGAAGAAGGUGGUUGUACAAUUCGCGCCCGACGACCUUGGCCUCACCAAGGUCCAGACCGACAAGGUCAAGAAGCUCUGCGGCGUCCGCUACAACCCCGAGACCGAGGUUGUCAGGAUGAGUUGCGAGAGCUACCAGAACCAAGCGCAGAACAAGCGCUUCCUCGCCGAGCAGAUUGACAAGAUCAUCGCAGAAGCCAAGAACGGCAAGGAUACGUUUGAGGACAUUCCUCUCGACACGAGGCACCACAAGUCGACCAACAACAAGGCGCGCUUCCCCAAGGAGUGGCUCAUGACCGAGCAGAGGCAGAAGACACUCGAGGAGGAGAGGAAGAAGUUCUUCCAGAUCGAGGCGCAACGAGAGGAGACACAUCAGGUUGUGGAUGGCAAGAUUGCGAUUGAGAACCACCUCAUGGGGAAGCUGAGGCAGGACCAGGCCAGGGAGCAGUCUUUUGCCCCGGUGCGUGCUGCGGCACCGCUGCGGAGAUCUCUUGGACCCAAGGACAGGGCGAACAGGACAUAAAUGCGCGCGGGGCCCGCGGAGAGUUCCCCUUCGGACCCCGCAAAGUGUACACUAUUGUUCGAGUAAGCAUGGGUGGAGUAUGUGUGCUCCAAGAUGUGCUUGGGGCUUUCUGUUGUAUGUAAUUACUAUAGACUACCGAAGAGUCCAUACAAGUGCCACGCCUUGUGUGAGUAAAAUGCCGAGUCGUUACGCAUCGGACGCGCAGCUUCAAGAAUUCGUCCAUGUCCGCCGGCCGGAUCAAAUGUCGAUCCCGCGCCGCGUCUGAGCAGUGAGUGUGAGUGAGUUCGCAAAGGGCAAGUAGCUCGCAUGCCUAGACUAAACGAGACAUGAUAUCCUUGCUCGUUGCAGGCCUCGGCAAUCUUGGCUCUGGACCCCAACAUCUGAGGUGGUGGCGCCAUAAUAAUUGUUAGUCGUUGACUUUCGCCUCCGCAUUGUCACGCUGCUUGAGGAACGAAGCUGGG